CAGAUCCGGACACGGCGGUGGUUGGAGCGGCGUCGUGCUCCGUGUUUUCCCGCAGACCAUGUGUGGCCCAGCUGAGGUGACUGGCAGGACUUGUUUACUGGUGGAAAGACUCGCAGAGAGAGAGACGGAAAGAGGGGAACCUGAGGGAGAGCGAUCGCUAAAACGGAACGGGAAACCCAAGUUUUUUUACACUUGACCCGUCUUUUUAAGUUUGUUUACCUCAUCCCUUUCCCCCCCACUACCGGAACCGGGAUAUUUACUUUGUAUUUUUUCUUUUCAUUCUCAACAGUGAAAACCUCGUUUGUUUUGGAUUAGCUAGCUAAUGUUAGCUGUUUUUCCCCCUUCUGCUAACCUGAGACGGGCGGCGUGGUGGAGACCCCCCCUCCCUCACUUCGCAGCAACGUGCAGGUUAAAUACAAACGUCGGUGUCUUUUGAGGGGGUAUUUUUACUCGUUUUUUUCGCGUUGAAUGGGAAAGAAGUGGCGUUCGCCUCCCGAGCUUUCCCGUUUCGUCCCGUUUUGUCGUUUUUAUGGGAGCUCGGUCGUUUGCGGCGUGGUGGUCAGCGGGGGUGAAGGAGUUCAGAGGAAGGUCGUAGCGGGGAAAGCUGCACGGUUUUCCUGCUCACUAGUUUCCUGGGAUGUCUUAAAAAAGGGAGUGAGCUUCUAAGAAGAUAAAAGCAAACAGGGCGAUUGAAAAAGAGGGGAAGACAGGAAUACCAGCUCUCGUUCCUGCUCAGUGCUGGCUUAUAUAUCCAGAACUUCAGCUCAUGCCUGCAGGAGAGGAAAACGCUGGUGUUUUUGAAGUGGCUCUUCCUUCAUGACAGAGAAAUGAGCCUUCAAACUAUCUUUCUGCCUGUCGGAUAUUAGUAAUUAUUUCCCUCUUGAUUGUUAGGCACCAAAAACAAAGCAAAUGAACGCAGACUGUCGCCUUCACUUAUGGAAAAUGAAGAUUUUUACUCGCACAUGUGUCGCCAGGACCCAAGAUCACGUUAUUUAGUGGCCUGCGUUUUUAUUUUUCUUCAUAUACAUCAUCACAAACUUGGCAGUAGAGAUCAUCAGAAAUUUACUAACUCCCCCCCGGCUUACGGGGGGCAACCUUGAUAUCGUCAGCAGGCUUUGUUGGACCUUUUAAAAGUGUUUUUGUUUCUUAUUUUAUUUUUUGGAGAUAAACAUUUCUCUCUCAAGAUUGGAGCGUUUCCCUCUGGAAGCUUCAAGAGGAGAUCACAACCUCCCGUCAAAAUGAGGCGUUUGACGUUAAAACUGCGAGCACAAAUGGUGUUUUUUAUCAUCUGCACCUGCAUUGUUUGCCAAUGUGGACUAAUAAACGGAGAAAUCUGCCAGAGCAAGGACAUCCGGAACAAUGUGACCAACCUCCAGUCAUUGGAGAACUGCACCAUCAUCGAGGGCCACCUAAAAAUCCUGCUCAUGUUUAAGACCAAGACCGAGGACCUCCGGGGCCUCAGCUACCCGAAGCUGCGAGUGGUGACCGACUAUGUGCUCCUGUUCAGGGUGUACGGCCUCGAGACCCUCGGCGAGCUCUUCCCCAACCUGACGGUGAUCCGCGGAAACAACCUCUUCUUCAACUACGCUCUCGUGAUUUACGAGAUGCUGCAGCUGAAGGAGUUGGGCCUCCACAGCCUCAUGAAUGUCACCCGAGGCGCCGUGAGGAUAGAGAAGAAUCCGGACCUGUGCUACCUGGCCACCCUUGAUUGGUCCAAGAUCUUGGACUCAGUGGAGGACAACUUCAUCGUGGCCAAUAAGAAUGAGAGGGAGUGUGGAGACGUGUGUCCCGGUACAGCCCAGGGUCAGAUCAUCUGCCCUCAGAGCACCAUCAACGGACAGUUCAGGGCGCGAUGCUGGUCACAGAGCCGGUGCCAGAGAAUGUGCUUGGACAAGUGUAAGCACAGUGCGUGCAGCCUCCAGGGCCAGUGCUGCCAUGACCAGUGUCUGGGUGGCUGUUCUGAGCCAGGUAAUGCCAGUAGCUGCGUGGCCUGCAGGAACCUCCAGCAUGGGAACAACUGCGUGGAGAAAUGUCCUCCUGGGUAUUAUGUCUUCAGGGGCUGGCGCUGUGUCAGUUUCUCUUUCUGCCAGGAACUCCACAACCAGUGUAAGCAGGCCAAGAAACAGAACCAGGACCGAGAGGCAGGCUGCUACGAAUACGUCAUCCACAACGGGGCUUGUAUUCAAGAGUGUCCUUCUGGAUACAGCACUAUAAAUUCCACUACGUUGACGUGUACGCCGUGUUCAGGUCUGUGUCCAAAACUGUGUGUUGGAGAUAAGACAAUCGAUUCGGUAACUUCAGCCCAGGCUUUGAGAGGGUGCACCGUUCUUAAAGGCAACAUGAUCAUCAAGAUUCGAGGAGGAAAUAAUAUAGCAGCUGAGUUGGAGGCUAGUUUGGGUCAGAUUGAGGAGAUUACGGGCUACCUGACUGUUCGCAGAGCUUAUGCCCUGGUCUCCCUCUCCUUCCUCCGAAAGCUGCGCGUGAUCAGAGGAGAGCAUCUUGAGGCAGAAAACUAUGCCUUCUACGCACUGGACAACCAGAACCUCCGUCAGCUGUGGGAUUGGUCAAAGCACAACCUGACGAUCCAGCGUGGUCGUACGUUCUUCCACUACAACUCUAAACUUUGCAUGACCGAAAUCCGAAAGAUGGAAGAGGUAACGGGAACCAAGGAGCGCAACCAAAAGAACGACAUUGCUGUCCGCAACAACGGGGACCAAGCCUCCUGCGAGACAAAGAUACUGAAGUUCACUGUGGUCAAGACAACGUUCAAUAUGAUCAUGCUGAAGUGGGAGCCAUUCUGGCCGUUAGACUUCAGAGAUCUGCUGGGAUUUAUGGUUCUUUACAAAGAGGCGCCAUAUAAGAAUGUGACGGAGUUUGACGGACAGGACGCCUGCGGCUCUAACAGCUGGGUUAUUGCUGAUGUUGAUCCACCAUCUCGUUCCACCGAUGGCAAGAAGGCGGAUGAUCCAGGGCACCUGAUCCGACCGCUGAAACCCUGGACUCAGUAUGCCAUCAUGGUCAAAACCCAGCUGUCUUCAUCAGACGAGCACCAGGUUCACGGAGCCAAGAGCGAGAUCAUCUACGUCCGCACCAACGCCUCCAAGCCAUCCGUGCCUCUCGACCCCAUCUCUUCCUCCAACUCCUCCUCUCAGAUCAUCCUAAAGUGGAAGCCUCCCACCAGUCCUAAUGGCAACAUCACCCACUACCGGGUCAUCUGCCGUAAGCAGCCCGAGGACAGCGACCUCUACAAGUUCGACUACUGCUUACAAGGAAUGAAGCUGCCCUCUCGUGUUCCGACCCACCUCGACAGCGAGGACGAGCAGAAGUGGAACCACACAGAUGAGCCCACCUCUGGGGGCAGGUGCUGCGCCUGCCCUAAGACAGACAGCCAGCUAAAGAAGGAGCAGGAGGAGAUUGAGUACCGCAAGACGUUUGAGAACUACCUUCACAACGAAGUCUUCAGGAUCAGACCGUCCCGACGGCGACGCUCAGUGGGAGUCGCCAACGCCACCCAAACCCCUUUCUUUCUAAACACAAUCCCCGGUCUGCACUUUGGCUCCACCACAGCCGCCCCUGGCAGCGAAGAAGAGGGAUCCAAGGUGGAGCUAAAGGUUUUCUCAAAGGAGUCAACAGUCAUCUCCAACCUGCACCACUUCACCAGUUAUAAGAUUGAGAUCAUGGCUUGCAACCACCCGACAGACAUGAAACGCUGCAGCAUGGCUACUUAUGUCAGCGCCCGGACUAUGCCAGAGGACAAAGCAGACGACAUCCCAGGCCCUGUGACCCAUGUGAUAGUGACAGCUGAGCCUCCCUAUGUGCUGAUCAAGUGGAAUGCACCUCGCUCUCCCAAUGGCCUCAUCAUCCUGUACGAGGUCUUCUACAGGAAGGUUACAGAGACAGAGGAUCACACAGUUUGUGUAUCAGGACCGGCUUACCUCAAGUCAGGUGGCACGAAGCUUUCUCUGUUGCAGCCUGGAAACUACAGCGUGAAGGUCCGGGCCACCUCGCUGGCAGGAAAUGGCUCCUUUACAGAAACCAUUUACUUCUCCAUGCCCAGCUCUGAUCCAGGUUUGGUUUGGAUUGUGAUUGGCCCAGUCAUCUGCUUCAUCAUGUUGCUGUUGGUCGGAGGCGGAGUCUUUUUUGUCCUCAAGAAGAGGCAAACAGAAGGACCGCUAGGAGACCUCAUCACCUCACCAAACCCUGAGUACUUCAGCGCCAAUGACAUGUACGUUCCUGAUGAGUGGGAAGUGCCACGUGAUAAGAUCACGCUGCUCAGAGAGCUGGGUCAGGGAUCCUUCGGCAUGGUUUACGAAGGAAUUGCCAAAGACAUAGUCAAAGGAGACCCGGAUACGCGCGUCGCCGUCAAGACGGUCAACGAAUCGGCCAGCCUGCGAGAGAGGAUCGAGUUCCUCAACGAGGCCUCUGUCAUGAAAGCUUUCAGCUGUCACCACGUGGUACGACUUUUAGGUGUCGUGUCCAAAGGUCAGCCUACACUGGUUGUGAUGGAGCUGAUGACCCACGGUGACCUGAAGAGCUACCUGAGGAGUCUCAGGCCAGACUCUGAGAACAACCCAUCUGGCUGUCCACCACCUACUCUGAAGGACAUGCUCCAGAUGGCUGCAGAAAUUGCUGAUGGCAUGGCCUACCUCAAUGCCAAGAAGUUUGUCCACAGAGACCUGGCAGCCAGAAAUUGCAUGGUGGCAGAAGACUAUACUGUCAAGAUCGGAGACUUUGGUAUGACACGAGACAUCUACGAAACUGACUACUACCGUAAAGGAGGGAAAGGCCUGCUACCAGUCAGGUGGAUGGCUCCAGAGUCCCUGAAGGACGGAGUCUUCACUGCCCACUCUGACUGCUGGUCUUUUGGCGUCGUGCUGUGGGAGAUCAGCACGCUAGCAGAGCAGCCUUACCAGGGCUUAUCCAACGAGCAGGUCCUGAAGUUCGUCAUGGACGGAGGAUACCUGGACCGCCCUGAUAACUGCCCUGAGAGGAUGCACAACCUAAUGCAAAUGUGCUGGCAGUACAAUCCCAAGAUGCGGCCGAUGUUCCACGAAAUCAUUGAGAUGCUGCGGGAGGACCUGCACCCAUCUUUCCAUGAGGUCUCCUUCUUCUACAGCGAGGAGAACAAAGUCCCUGAGACGGAGGAGUUUGACCUGGACUUGGAUAACAUGGAGAGCAUCCCUCUGGACCCGUCUUCAUAUUCCCAGAGAGAGGAGAGCUUAGGCAGGGACAGCGGGCCCUCAGUGGCCCUAAGGGGGAACUAUGAGGAGCAUGUCCCCUACACACAUAUGAACGGUGGCAAGAAAAACGGCAGAAUCUUAUCGUUGCCCAGAUCCAGCCCUUCCUAACAUUUCCUGUUUCCUAAAUGAACUUGUUUUAACCUUCCCCCACUCCUGCCCCACCCCCUCUCUCUUCUAGUCCAUUUUAUCUGUAUCCUUCAUGUUCCGCUCAUCAUUUUCUGAUGAUUUUUCUUAUUCUUGGAGAAACCCUUCAGUAAAGACGCAGAUCUCAGGACUUUUUAUUUUUCUCCUCGUGGCUGCCAAACACAGGCAAGCAAGGGAUGCAAACAUGGUGUAACAUUUUGUUUUUAACUUGCUCCACAACACAUCAGACUCUAUUACCAGAAUACCUAUCUAUUAUUUUUCACUAAUCCCAUGUUUCCAGGACUGCUCUGUGAUGGAAACAGAGGAAAAAAGAAAAAAAACUGUGAACACAACAAACCUUAGACAACCAAGAAGGCUGCUCAUGCUCAACCUCCUCAAGACUCGUCCCUCCUUUUCUCCCAACGACCUGCAUUUCCACAUCUCUGUGCUUUCUUUCUCCAAGUGAAAUGUUUUUACUCAAGAUAGUGGCCUUUUUAUACGUGGCCUAUAAACAAAGAGAAGUGUCUAUCAGCGCUUACACUAAUUUUCUUUUUGAACAAUGACUUAAUCAGUGGGCUGACUUGCAAAGACUCGAUCCUAGAACAAACAUCUAUUCCUAGAGGAAUGUUUUCUUUUUGUUUUCUUUUGGUUCUGCAGAAUUCCAAACUACACAUAGAUUCAUCGGGUGUUUGGUGAAUAGUUUUAAUUUAUUUGCUUUAUACUUAUUUUCUCCUCUUUCCUGUUUUAUUUCUGUGUCCUCACUUAUACAGCUGAAGGAUAUUUAAACAGUUAAGAAUUGGACAAAAGAGUUCCUCAGACUGACCAAUAGCUGCUGCUUUGAUAUAUUUUAGUGGGUAUAGAAAUAUAUAAAUAUAUAUAAUAUAUAUAUGGAAUAUUGGUAUUUCUCUACCAAUAUUUUAUAUAUAAUAUAUGACAUUGAUGUUUCUGUAAAUAGUUAAUAUUUGUAAUAUUUUUCAUCAGAAGCUUUGCUAGUAAUAUGUGUUGUCAGGUUGUUUUGUUUUUUUGUUCUUAUUUUUAUAGCCCCAGAAAUCACACUAAUCUACCAUCAGUGCUCUCCGUGUCUUAGGCCUCUAGCGUCCCUCGAGUAUUCGCACUGUCUGGAUGGGAAAACUCUGUAACAUUGUAAACUCACUGCAUUUUUCUUCUUCUUUUUUUUUUUUUCUUCUUACAAAAAAACUCAAUCCCACUGAGAAGGCAACAUUUGGAGGCAACUUCACUACAGCUAUGAGAGAAAAUAUGAAACAGAGUAACCAAACAAAAAAAAGAAGCUGUACAAAUGGGGAAUAAUGUGUCUUUAGGUCAAAGUACACCUAACGCGUGUUUGUCUCCAUGUCUGCUGUCUUUCUCUGGUCAGAUCACGCUGGAGUUGAGAUCUUUUCCCAUGGUUGUGACUUGUCGCGUACUUUUUGUGCCGUCUGUGGAAACAGUUCCUAAGGUCAGAGACUUUGUCACUUAGGUUAUCUUAAAGGACCGCUGUGUGUGACUUAGCUGCAUCUAGUGGUGGGAUAGCAGAUUGCAAACAGUGCUUACUGACCUCACCUCUCCUUUUCCAAGCUUGUGUCUGCUAAAAGCACGAAGGCCCUCUAGAUCCGGUGUUCGGUUUGUCCGUUCUGGGCUACUGUAAAAACGUUGCGAGGUCCCUCUGUGGAUUUAAAGGGCUCAGUCUACGCUAAGGAUUCAUAUGUUGAGGUGAAUAUAACACAGGUAUGAAUGUGGUGGCGCUUGGAUCAGAAAAUGAGUUAACGCCAGCUCUCAGGCAAAAGCAGAUGAAGGUGGUGAGCAGUAGCAUUCGUUUCCUCUCUGACCUGAGAUCUGUCACAGUUCAGGACCUUUGUGUUAAAUUUAGCAAACUCACAACACAGACAACAACCCCUCCCUCCCAACCCACUCUUCCCGAGGCUUCUCAUUGGCCACAGAAAAUCAAAAUUAGCCCACUGGAAAUUUCCAGGUUUUGUGGUUGAGCUCUGGAGUGAAAUAUGGAAAGUUCCAGCUCUAUUUAGUCCACCACAGGUCUCUCUCUCUCUCUCCCUCCCUCCCUCUGUCUGUCAGUGUGUCUGAGAGAGCUGGGGGCCUGUGCGUUGAUUGUUAAUCCUAUUAUUCUUUCUGCUAUCACAUGCAGUCAGGACACAGUGUGCAGCAGCUAUUUCACUCAGGUCUGACAUUCCAGGCUUUAGUCAGAACUCCUUGUUCCCUCAUCCUCCUGUUUUGCCUGCCCGCUGGCAGCGCUGAUCCUAUCAUCACCCCCCCAUCGGAUGAAAAACACGCGCAUGAAAGUAGUUUUUUCUUCUUAAUAAUUGAUUGCUUCUAAUAAAUUUGUUAGAUUUUCUGAAGUUUCUCCCUUCUGCUGGGAAUCAGAAACAUUCCUGUCAACUGUGUCCGUACUCACAGAAGAGUUAAUCGUCCUCUUUGCUGACACUUCAUGGUGUCUCUUAAGAUGAGUAGUUCACGAUUACCUUCAUCCAGAGCCCAGAGACCAUCAGUGUUUCACAGCAGAUAGUCAGUUCCUCUGUUUUUAACCACUUCAGGCGGCGAGGCGACACUCAGCAGACCAGUAGAGAUGAAUAUAUUUUUUAUUUUUGACAUAUAGGUCAGUGUGGUUUCCGAUCUAAAUGAGCAGCCUUCAGCACUUAUAGUGUAGCCAAAGCUUUGGCAGCUUUCUGUCAACAACAAGAACCCACAGAAUCGAGUCAGAGAUAGCAGAGAAGCUGCCUCCCUGUUUAACCAGUGCCUUCUCAAACACACAGCCAUUUCCGGGCUAAUUAUACUGGCUAGUUCACCACACACACACACACACACACAGGCCUCAGUGCUGUUGAGAAAUCGAAGCUGCGUCUAGUUUUGCUUUUGUUGGGCUACAAACGAGUUCUUUGCUGUAAGUCUUGGAGGCAGGUUUCAUGUUUUGGUUUCAGUUCAGUGUCCCACAAACGUUCACCCAGUGCUUUAGCUUUGACACUGUGGAUUGGCCAGGGUCUGUGCUGUCAGCUCUCAAAGACACCUGAGGCUCCGAUAUAGAUUUUAGCUUGUAGUCGUUACAAUCUUGGGCUUUUGUACUUUGUAAAUAAUCUUGUGACAUAGUUUGGAAAAUAAAAGCAGAAAAAAAGGUGUAUAAAAAAAAUUGAAAUUCCGAUGCCCGUCAAGUUGUUGCGUACAUGACAGAAAAAAGGGGUGGAGCUUGGUUGUGUCUCUGUUCCACACUAGAUACUGUGUUUAUUAAGUUUUCCAGUAUAAAUACACUACACACCCAAAACCCAAACAUUUAGUUCAUAGUAUGGAAGUGGGACACAUCCCUCCUCUCUGUCUUGACCUAGGUUGCUUAUCUUGUGGUGGUGUUCACAUGCAUAUGCAAUUUUUAAUUAAGAAGGUGCCCAUAUCUUUGAAAUACCAGAUAUUUAUUUUAUUAUGAUCAUUGUCAACACAGUUGGUUUUGCUGUUGAGGCAAUUUCAAGGUUUUUGAGAGCGGAGCGAUGUAAAGGUCUAGUUUGUUAUUGUACGGGUGGAAUGACUGGUGGCGAGCAGCGGGAGUUGCUCAUCGGUUAGUUAGUAGUUGUCGUCGUCUUUGUGUUUGGCCAGAGUCUACCUCAGUGCAUAUGGAGGAAUCAGUCAAAAGAGCUUACAUCAUCCCCCUCACCUACUCAACAUCCCAUCAUUUGGAAUAAUAUCACUUAUCUCCAACACUGCUGAUGAAUUCUUUCCCUCCUGUCUCAUUGUUUGUCUUCUUCCUGUGUUGCUGGGGAGCUUCUGAAAAACGGGAAUAUUGAACGCGGCGGUUUCUGAUUAUGUGUUCCUGGCUUGGGUGUAGUUUGAAUGCUGCCUUCAGACUGAACACGUGAGCUUGUGUUUACGGUACGGGAUAUCGAGCACACACAAACACCGCUGCUAGGCAACUGUUGGCUUCUAGAAAGCAUCGAGGCCAAGGGUGUAGAUAGCUAACAGACAUGUCAAUCGAUGGAGACGAUGUUGGUGACUUUAUAAAAUGACCAAGACAACGCUGUAACUAAAUGACACUAUAUUAACUUACCACCCACUUCCUCCAUUUCUGGGGAAAACUCAUGAACAUUUCCAGUCACGAGCUUGUGAGGGCGCCGUUCAUGCCGAGUUUACUCGUGAACGUGACACCAUUUGAAGGCAGCAUUAGCAGAACGUUUUCAAGAUAAACGGCCUCAGCCUCUAGCGCACCCAGUCUGAAUCCCUGGGCAGUACGCGGCCUUCAUCAACAGUCCUUUGUACAAUGACUUCCCCCACACACUGGAAGAAGCAGCAGCGUAGCUUUAUUGGGUAUAUCCCCCUUAUCCAAAUGUAUACACAAGUCCUCCAGACUGUAUUUAGGAGCGGCUCUGCUGAUAUCUGGUGAUGUGACAUUAGCGUGAGUCAAAACGGCCUCAUGCUCUUCAAGUCACAUCUAGACUGCACCAUGGUCUGGAGUCACGCCCCACUCUUCUUCUCUAGUCCGUCAGUCUGUCUCUUUGUGCUCCAAACAGUUCAGACCCCACGUCUCCUCCAGUCUGUUUCUCUGUUGUCUGUGUUGUAUGUAUAUUUUUUCUUCUACUGUGAAUAUCAACGGAUGACUUUUAUUUUCUGUCAACGCCAUGGAUUGGGUCUGUUGCGGCUGGUUGAAAAGUUUUAAAGAGGAGGGCGUCCCCACCCUCCGCAGAGGAGAAAAGCUGGACUGGGACAAUCCUGUGUGCCAUAAGAACUAUUAACUGACGUGAAAUCUAGAUUGUAACUUUUCGUCUCAGGGAGGCGGCCCGAUGCUUUGUGGUUGGAGGAUAAAGAGGAGGAUGAGGAGGAGGGAAGAACUUACCUACCUUUUUAUGUACUCUGACUGAAGCACAAGUUCUCAGCAUCCUUUGCAAAAUUGAGAUGACAAAGGACAAGUUUUCAACCACAAAUGCCCUUCUCAUAACUCUGACUUGUUGUUUUUCUGACCCUUUUGAAGAUAAUCAGGAAUCGUCCUCACUUGCUCAGAGGUGAUGUGGUUUGGACUGCCCUCUAGUGGGCGGAUGGGAUUAUUGCAGGUCAGGGGUGGCAAAGCAAACAGGGCCCCCGACCCACAGUGCCUUGCUCUGACUAACAGCCAGCCCCGCCUGACCCCUCCCACCCAUUCCUCUCCCCACACUGAGCAGUACCCCUCUCCCCCCGACUGACCCCCUGUCUCCACCAAUCACUGAAGAGGAUUUUCCAUUAUAUAUAUAUUUUUUAAAAAUCGUUCAGUUUUCUUUAAGUUUCAGCUGCAGUGGAAAACAUUCUGUUUGUUCAUAUACUGUAAUGUGGGAUUACAUGAGAGAUGAGUGUUACCAAAAAGAGAAAAAUACCUGAACUUGUGUCUCUACUCUGCGAAGCUCUGGCUAGCUUUGUGCAUGGAAAAUGGAAUAUCUAUACCAGCUCAGUAAUUUGACGCUUACCAAUUUUGCUUCUCAUCAGUCUGUUGUGACAGUGAUGCCCAAAGCACAUGCAUAAAAAAAAAAAGCUCCACAUUUAGAAACAAGUGACUGCAUUGCGAUCCCCAUGAUGCACUCAUUUGUUCCUUGGUUUUCUACACAACUGAACUAAUUAAUAAGCUUUUUAAGUGUAAAUAGCAGUGGAAUUUCUUGGCCCCUGAAAAACAAAAGCACUUGAUUUUUAGGGAAGUUUUGGUUUUGUUAAACUCUGGUUGGACAGAGCACGCUAGCAACGCGACGCAGGGUGAGAACAAAGCAUUGUAUGUAUUAUUGUUUUAAAGAAAAAAAAGUAUUACAUUUUAGAGAUGUUGAUUUCUAUUUUUUUUUUUUUUUUUUUUUUUAGCCAAAGUAGGGAGGACAAAUUACUUUUUCUGACUGUAAACUUUUACUACUCUUGUACAUUAUGAAUUUAACAUUAUCAUUGUGUAUAUAACUUUUUUCUAAAUUUUAAAAAGAGAUUUUUUUUUUCAUGACACAACCCACUACGCAGAAACGAGCAGAGUCGAGUCUGUCAAUGUAUUUAACAGGAGCAGCACAACUCCAGUCUGAGGGCUCAACCCCUGUGUAACAUAAACAGUAUGUGGCCUGAAACGUUUCGCAAACCCCUGCUCUUAAUCCGAUGCAUGUUCUGAAUGUUGGCCUGAAGAGGCCUGUGCAUUUGAACCACCACCGCCCCAUCUGGUCACAGCAGCAUGACACCCAUAAAGCCUUUCCUCUGUCGCACAUAUACAUCACCUGUCACAGAUGUUUUAUUUCCAUUUUUUUCCCCCAUGAGUUGUUUCUGACAAAGUUUGCGAAUGUGUUUUGUUUUUGGUUGUUUUGUUUUUUUAUGUGAAAAACUGGAAAAGACCACUGCACGUCCUCUGUUGGGAAGAGCAAACACGAGUGUGCUAAAAUUCAGAAUAAGCUAAAAAGCAUAUCAAGUUUAGACUGUAAAGUUGGAGGUGUUAAAGGAAUAGUGCAAAGCUUUGGAGAAAUGCACUUGGUUUCAAAACAUUUAGCGUAGCAUGAAUAUUAGAAACUGUGAAACAGCCUGGGUCGUCCUGGUCAACAGUAAAAUAAUAAUAAAACCAGCACCUAUAAACUCCUUGGAUUAAUUGCAGCUUCGUGGCUGCUUAUCGCCUGACCAUUUCCAGGCUAAUCGUAGACUGUCACAUCCCGACCAAGAAAUCCUCUUGAACAGUGCUGCAUUUCUAUGUAUUUUUGUUUAUUCUGGUCAGAGCAAUUACAACUUUAUGCAAAGCUAACUAAGAAAAACACCAUCUCAUCAAGCUUCUAAUCUAAGCGCAGCUUCCCAAAACUUGGAACUGUCCCUUUAAAGGCUGAAUGUAAAGGUUAAACACCUUCCAUUACCAAUGAAUAAAGUACUGUCUGCCAGCAGGCGAUGAACCGUUCAUAUUUGUCAUGGAUGGCCGUUUGAGGUGCCCUGUUUGUGACAAAUGUGAGGGAAAGCAGCCUCUUGGUGACUUUGCAAGAGUCACCUCUGGGGCCAGUGGUCUGCUCCAGUUUCCACACCAGUACCUUCUAUCUGUCUCUGUCCUGUUCCCUGUGCUGUGUCGUUGAAAACAGUGGAGUUGAGUCUGUGUUGUCCUCGGUUGAAGUCUUUACCACGGCUUUCUUUGUCUGGUUGCUCCUCCUUCUCCUCCUCCCCUCUGUGUCUUCAAGUCUCUCCUCGGUGCACAUAGGUGGUCCCCAGAAUGCUGUGUGUAGUCUUGCAGGAUACCUCUUUUAUUAAUGUCAUUUUAUUGCCGAUGAAUAUGCUGAUGUAUUAAUUUUUGGGAUAUGUUGUGUAUACAUUAUGUUGAGACGUCGGUGCGUAUGCAGACAGCAGGUGUAUAUGUGUGUGUGUGUGUGUGUGUGUACAGUCCAAAUCCCCAGAACCUGCAACCCACAGAGAUCGCUUCAUCCCUCACACUGGAUCCAAAUGUGCCAUUAUCUAUAUAUAUCACAAAUAUCAACAAAGACAAUACACACUCUCUCUCCCACACACACACACACACGCUAGAACACAUACACACAGACAGAAAUACAUGCAUAUUGUACAGGAUCAAAAAUGUGCCAUGACUAAAUGAACGCUUGACAAUUUAUUUUUUCUAUGUUUUCAAAGGAGAGCCAAGUAGUGACAUGUAAAGACAAUGUUGCAAUGAUAUGAAAAUAAAAAUCUUGCUGUGUGUAAAUUAUUCAACAAUUAACUGUUUAUAUUAAAAUUAUGAAUAAAAUUAUUGCAGAAUA